AUGCAAAAUAUAGAAGAAAAGCAAUUAAUGCAAAAACUUAAUUCAGAGGAGUAUCCUGUUUCUGAGCAAGAGGAAGGUACACAGAAUGAUAAAUCCAGGAACUAAAUAGUGUUUGAAGAUGUAGAUGAAGUGCUCGUUAAGAUAGGAGGGUUUUCAAAGUUCUAAUUCUUUUCAUUUACAAUAAUAGUCACUGGAAUGGCUGCAGGGGCUUUCAUUCUCUAUAAUUUAUACUAUUUUGAGAAGGAACCUACAUAUAUGUGUCGAUACAACUAAUAAAGUAGCUAUAAAAUUUGCACAUCUGAGGAAAUAUGCGAUGAUGCCAAUGUUGUCGAGUCAUACUUUAUAGACUGGACAGAUGAAGGUAGUUUACAUAACUGGGUAGAGUAACUUGACCUUAAGUGCAGAUCAAGCAUCGCAGUCAGCUUUAUAGGAUCUUCAUUCUUUUUUGGCGCUUUUAUAGGUUCAUUUAUACUUCCAAGAGCCUCCGACGUCUACGGGAGACGACCUAUGUUUCUAGUUGGUCUAGUGCUCUAUCUAAUCGUGAUAAUUGGGUUAGUAUUCAACACAAGCCUAUACCUAACAUAUGUGCUUCUAUUACUAGGGGGUAUUUCAGAAACUGGUAGAUACUAUGUUGCUUACGUGUACUGUGUUGAGAUGAUGCCUGAUAAGUAUCAAAACCUAAGUGGUCUCCUAAUCUUUGUAGUAUUUGGAUGUCUGUAGAUAUUAUUCAGUAUUUAUUUCUGGUUUAUAUCCAAAGAGUGGAUAAAUCUUGCUUAUAUGGGAGGGGCACUCUCGAUCAUUAGUUUUAUAUUGACGAUUUGGAAAUUGCCGGAAUCUCCCAGAUUCUACUUCAGCAAAAAGAGAUUUGACGAAGCAAGAGUAGUUUUAUUGCAUAUUGCAAAAUUUAAUGGGAAGAGUGACAUAAACUACUUCGUGUUUGAGUCUGAAACAUAAUAUGACAAUAAGAAUCUGUUGGAAAAUAAUGGGAAUAAUGAAAUUGGCUAAGCUGCUGGAGAAAACGAGUUUAAGGGUUCCAUGUUAUCCCAGCAGACUUAGUAGAAACUUGGAAUUAAUGUUCUUAAAGAUACUACUAUUGAUUUCACUAGGGAUCCAACAGCUGCAGAACCAAGAUUGUCUGAGAAGCAAAAGAUAAUUCAAAUAGAAUUGCAAUUGAAAGGAACACUAGGUGAGCUGUUUAAAAAUAAAACAUAUCUCAGAAAUCUACUAAUAAUGACCACAAUAUGGUCCUUCGGUUCAUUUGGUUUCUUCUUCAUUCCGUUUUACUUAGACACUCUCAAGGGCAACACCUAUCUCUUCGCUAUUUUUUCGGGAAGUGCUGAGCUUCUUGCUUCUCUGGCUUGCAUACUGGUAACACGCUGCAUGACUCUCAAACAGUCUAUCAUACUAUUCUGCGGUAUAUCUUGUGCAGCAUCAUUUGCUAUAAUCUUUGCCUUCGGUUCCACUGAUAUUUUAGUUGCUGUGCUGAUCCUAUUUAAUAACUUUGGAAUCACUAGUACAUUUGACGUGGCUUACUUGCUUAACACUCAGAUGUUUCCUACAAUAUUCCUUGGGACAGCUUAUGGAUUUUGUAACAUUGUUGGCAGAUUUAUAUCCAUAAUGUCACCUAUAAUAGCCAAAAUAGUCCACCCAUAUCCGUUGAUAAUCAUGGUAAUUUUCUCUGGGAUAUCUGCGACCCUUGCCUUACUUUUGAAAAGAAUGCCUGACCAGAUUGAUAAAUGA